AUGGAGAAAAUCGACACUCACGCGCACGUUGUUCCUCCUGGCUGGAGGAGAUAUUGUGAAGAACAUGGGUUUGGGAAGCCCGACGGAAUGCCAGCGAUUCCGGAAUGGACACCAGAGGCGCAUAUCGCGUUGAUGGAUAAGCUAGGAGUCAGCAAGUCUAUUCUCAGCAUCACGUCCCCCGGCACAUAUCUGAAGCCAGGCGACGAUGCUCUUGCUCGCAAGAUUACUCGCGAGACCAAUGAGGAACUAGCCCAAAUUUGCGCGCAGAACCCUUCCCGCUUUGGCUUCUUCGCCUCAUUGCCUCUGCCUGAUGUUGAGGGAUCUCUGGCCGAGAUUGAUCACGCCAUCAAGCUUGGUGCAUCAGGUUUUGCUGUAAUGACCAACGCACAUGGUCAAUAUCUCGGAGACUAUACUCUCGAUGCUGUCUUUCAUAAGCUUAAUGAAGUCAGCGCCAUCUUGUUCAUGCAUCCCACUACUUGUUGUGGAAGCGACCCGGGCGCUGUCAAGCCUAUGAACCAGUAUCCUUCUCCAAUGCUGGAGUUUUUCUUCGAUACUACUCGCGCAGUGACAAAUCUGCUGUUGUCUGGAACUGUGGAACGAAAUCCCAACAUCUCAUUCCUUGUCUCUCAUUGCGGAGCUACUCUUCCACCACUUGUCGAGCGGUUCACAAGCUUUUCAGCUAUAAUCAACGCACCGUCAACUCUCACCUCAGAUCAAGUUAAAGAAUUGUUUAAGACCAGAUUCUUCUUUGACCUUGCUGGAUUUCCUUUUCCUGAUCUUAUUCAUGGGUAUCUUCGUGUCUGCAACGGAUCUCGAUUGCUAUAUGGUACCGAUUUCCCAUUCACGCCAGCUGGCAUGAUAGAAUUUCAAGCUCGCACUAUGGAUAACGGGCUGAGAGAGCUGUUUGAUGAGGAAACUAUCAAGGGCAUAUACUCUGGACAUGCAAAGAGGCUAUUAAAACUUUAG